AAAGAUUGCGAAAUUUUCGCUCUAUGUUGUAACUGGUACUACGUCCGAGAAAACUAUGUUUUGGUAGAAGCUAUAGAUCUACUCAACCGCAGAACGAAAGUUGAAAUUGUUUAUUUUGCAGGAAUCAGGAAAAUUGAGCUCUCCUAAAUUGUUCUCUAAAUACUUUUAUAAAUUUCCGAAAGUGUAUGUAUUGUAUGAAUCUCAUUAUGAAUUUUUCUUCAGUUAGCUUUUUAUAAUUCGAAUGUUGAUUGCGUUGGAAGUGAAUUCGAACCCAUCGUGUCUUCCAUGUGUUUUUUCAUGCAGUGGAAAAGAGUUGUUUCGGUUUUAAUAGUCUUUUAUCGAAAUGGGCGCCAAGCAGAGUUCAAACAACAACAAUCCGCGGGAUCAACCUGGGUCCAGUGGAUCCCCAAUGGCUAGUACAUCGGGAUCGAGUGGCUUAGGACUGUUAAACCUUCGCCAAAGAGAUGGUGGUAGCAGUUCAAGCAGUAGCUCCGAUUCCCGACAAAGAGCAAGGAGCUUAUCAAACGUUUUAAAUGGACAUUCUGGACAGCCAAUUAGUAUUUCGCCGCACCAUGGGGCAUUUGAAAUAUCUGGAUCGCCCGAAUCGGACAGAAAUGUGCCAGUGGAAAUACCUAUCAGUCGCGUGUAUGCCGCCCAUUCAUUGCCUGUGCAGCUGGUUUCGUUCCAUGGAAUCAAGUGCCCAGUCUGUUCAAAAUUUGUACCGCCAGAUGAUGUGGAGUGCCAUUUAGUUAUGUGUCUUACAAAGCCAAGAAUAAUUUAUAAUGAAGAUGUUUUAAUAGAAGAUAAAGGUGAGUGCGUUAUUUGUUUGGAAGAGUUAACUCAGGGGGACACUAUUGCCAGGUUACCUUGCCUGUGUAUAUACCACAAAGUUUGUAUAGAUGCCUGGUUCAAAGUGAAUCGUUCCUGCCCUGAACAUCCGCUUGACUGAUGUGUUUUCUGCGACUAACCAUAGAUAUGUCUGUGAUUCAUGGCUGUACAUUGUGUGUAGAAUAUACAAAGUUUUGCUCUUUUUUUGUCCUUAUGUACUAAUUUUGUUUAAAAAAAAAACAGAACAACUUGUUGUAUGUUGUAACAAUAUUCAGAGUUAACAGUGUUUUGUAGCCUUACAGUUGUUCAUUUUUAUAUACAUAUAUAUAUAUGACAUCAGGAUUUUGCUAUGCUGUAGUCUGGAAAAUGGCCAAUUUUAUGGAUGUUUCCAAAUUCACAUUUGCAAUAAAAAUAGCAAAAAAAUGCUGAUUCACUAUUUAUGCAUGAAAAAGAUUCGUAUACAUAUUACUUGUAUAAAUGGUUAUAAAAAGAACACAUACUCUUUAUAAAUAUUUACUUAGUGUUUUUUAUUCGCAUUUCACAAAUAUUGGUCUGGAAAAGCCUUAAACAUCUUUUCUGUCAUGCUGUAGAAUCAUCAGAGAAAUAAGAAUCACUUAGCAAAAAAUAAACUUCAUUGUGAAAGUGGAUUAAAAUGCCUAAAAUAUUUUAUUUAUUACAGUGUGUUAAGAAUUUUUUCUUGAUAGUUUUCAGAAAUUUAUUACAAAAAUGGUUUUUCCAUAUCAAAUAUUAGUGGUAUAUACUGUUUAAGUAAAAGCUCAAAAUAUCAUUUUAUUUUUAAUCCCGUGUUAUAUUCACUUACAGCAAUUAUUUAAAGAAUUGUAGCAUAUGUAUACAUAGUGAUACAGAGAUGUUUUAUAUUUUAAAGAGAAUAUUUUACUUGAAAAGCAAUUCUCUAGUUUUAAAUCAAAAUAAAUGAUGAAAAUCGUAUUUUUCUCUUAUUUAUUGAAGAUCCUCUUUCUCUGAACUGACUUAUACAAAUGGAAUGUAAAUAUUAUUAUUUUCCUUUUUUUUGUUUGUUGGCAAUACUGAUUUUAUUGAUUUAGGAUUUUUAAAAUCAUUUCAGUUCAGUUUCUCGUCUGCACAAUUUUU